UAUUUGUUAAUUCUGAAUAAAAACAAAGCUACAAAAAUAACUUGCAAUGACGAGCAUUAUACGGACAUUGACCAGACGCAUGCGACUCGACGUGCAACAUGUUGGCCUUAAAGUCCUGCGGAUGCGUAAGUUACACUUUAGCGUCCGUCAGUAUUCACAACUGGCAGCAAUGGUGGCAGCGCAGAGGCAACAACAACAGCAACUGUUGCGUCAAGGACCAGAUACAAUAUUUGAUUGCCACCGCCAAGGAGCGUUGCGAUCCUUAGACUGGCAAAACUUUCAUACUACCAGCAGCUUGUGGUCUGAGCAGGUAAUAAAGGUGCCUGCAUUUCCCGACUCCAUUUCCGAGGGCGAUAUUAGGUUCACUUGCAAGGUGGGAGACUCUUUUGCGGCAGAUGAGGCCGUCAUGGAAAUAGAAACCGAUAAGACGACAAUGCCGGUGCCGGCUCCCUUUGCUGGAAAAGUGUCGGCAAUUCUCGUGAAGGAUGGUGAUACUGUAAAGCCCGGUCAAGAGCUGUUUAAAAUGACCCCUGGUGCUGCUCCCGCCAAGCCAGCCGCUGCUCCAGCAGCACCUGCCCCCGCUCCAGCAGCACCUGCUCCUGCGCCUGCAGCAGCAAGGCCACCUACUCCGCCGCCACCAACACCACGGCCGGCAGCAGCUACAGCCCCACCUCCCCCUUCACCACCCCCACCUAAGCCAGCUUCUGCACCUGCUGGAAGUGAUGUACCUAGAAUUUCGGGCACGCGUUCAGAGAAACGCGUCAAGAUGAACCGCAUGCGUCUGAAGAUUGCGGCGCGCUUGAAGGAUGCACAGAACACAUGCGCCAUGUUGACCACCUUCAAUGAGAUUGAUAUGAGUUAUGCGAUGAAUUUCCGGAAAGAAAACCAGGACUCAUUUAUCAAAAAGUAUGGGAUUAAAAUUGGAUUUAUGUCCAUCUUCUCGAAGGCCUGCGCCAGUGCAUUACAGGAUCAGCCUGUAGUAAAUGCUGUCAUCGAUGGUCAAGAAACUAUAUAUCGUGACUUUAUUGAUAUUUCGGUGGCCGUUGCCACGCCCCGUGGACUGGUCGUACCUGUCAUUCGCAAUGUGGAGAACAUGAAUUAUGCGGACAUUGAGAAGGCACUGGGCACUUUGGCGGAUAAGGCGAAGCGAGAUGCAAUUACCGUUCAGGAUAUGGAGGGUGGCACCUUUACCAUUAGCAACGGCGGUGUCUUUGGUUCAUUAUUGGGCACACCCAUUAUAAACCCGCCGCAGAGUGCCAUUCUCGGCAUGCAUGGGAUCGUUGAGCGCCCCAUUGCUGUCUCGGGUCAGGUCGCGGUACGACCCAUGAUGUAUGUGGCCCUGACCUACGAUCACCGACUGAUUGAUGGACGUGAGGCGGUGUUGUUUUUGCGCAAGAUAAGGUCUUUUCUGGAAAAUCCGGAAGAACUUUCCCGCCCAUUGUAAAAUGUACAACACUAAACAAAAGCAAAGACUAAAUUUAGUGUGUAAACCGUAACUAACAUUUAUUUGAUGUAUUAAUGUAUGUGAUGCACCUUUAAAAUUUUGAAAUUCUAUUUUAAAUUCCACUUCAAGACAUGAGUAACUAUGUAUCUAUUUGUUGACAAAUAUAAAAAAAAGAAUAAACAACUCUCUACU